AUGGCGGAAGACCCAGGCGAACAAAACAAUGUUGCCGGGUACAAUUUCAUGGAUAAUAUGGAUGACGACGACCUGAAUGGUGAUGAAGGUAGCCUUACCCAACAAAACACAAAAUAUUUUUAGAUAUUUGUCGAGUUUGUCGACUUUCUGGUGAAGAUACGCUGUAUCACCCAUGUCUUUGCACUGGGACGAUAAAGUUUGUUCAUCAGAAGUGUCUAGAACAAUGGCUCAAGUACAGCAAGAAGGAAGUCUGCGAGUUGUGCAACUACAGGUUCUCGUUCCAGCCAGUCUAUGCCUCGAAUAUGCCGGAGAGAUUGCCCAUAAGAGACUUGAUGAGCGGUGAGAGAGUUAUCUGAUCAUUUCAUUGUGUUUUAGGUGUUUCUGUUAUGGGUCUUAAGACUUGCCAGCUUUGUUUGACCUACGGGUUGGUGGCCUUCUGCUGGCUAUUCUUCGUGCCUGUUAUGGCUUGUCGGAUCAACAAGAUGGUCUUCUCCGGCUUCUUCAAUUACCUGGUGUCUUUGCGACUGCUUCAGUUCUUCUCUUUGGAGAAUAUUGUUGAAGAUCAAGCCAAAGGAGCUGUUAUAUUCUGUAUAUUUGUGUGUACUUUUAUUGCUCUGGUAUGGCUGAGGGAACAGAUUGCUGUUGGUGGUCCGCAGGACAUGGUUAAUAUUGAGCAGGAGGACAGGGAAGAUAACGCGGAACCUGCUAACAUUCAGAUUCCUGCAGUGGAACGAGCAUUCGACCUGAAUGAAGAUGAUAAUGUAGAUAAUGUAGUGGAUGUGUUGCGAGAAGAAGAAGACGGGCAGAACGGUCAGAACGACGAGAAUUGGGGCCGUGAUGUGGAAAGGAUAGUGGAAGACAUGACUUGGCAACGGUUGAUUGGCCUGGAUGGUUCUUUUGUCUUUCUGGAGAAUGUGUUUUGGGCGAUUUCCUUGAAUUUGGCUUUUAACUUGGUGUUUUGUAAGUUUAAGUUUGAAAUAUUUGUAGCAGAAGCUAGAUAAUAAUGUAAAGUUGGUAUAUUAGACGGUAUUAUUUUAUAAACAAACAUUUUAGUGUAUUUUCCGUUUUGUUGUGGACGAAUGAUAUUAUACUUGUUGGGCGUCCAAGCUCCCUUGCCAUUCUUUGACAAUCCGAUCAACAUCUUCACGGGAUAUGUUGCAAUUGCUACUGUUCUUUACUUGAACCUCUUGAUUUGUCGUCAAUUCACUCUGAAUAUGUAAGUGUACCUCUCUUUUAAUAUUUUUUUUAGUCUUUACUCGGUUACUGGGACUGCCUACUUGAUGGUCAAAGUGUUCUUGUUGAUCACCAUGGAGUUGUUCAUCUUUCCUACGGUUUGUGGAUGGUGGUUGGACAUUUGUUCCUUGGUAUGUUUUCUUUUUCGAUCAAACGCAUGACACUUGAUGUUGUUGUUCGUAAUUAUAUUGUUUUAGUCUUUAACUGGAAACACUUUGGAUGCCAGAAUUCGAGCCUUUCAGAACUACCCAACUAGUUCGGUGGUUCUUCACUGGCUAGCCGGAAUGUUGUACGUCUUCUACUCGGCGUCGUUGAUCUUGACAUUACGAGGGCUUUUGAGGCCUGGAGUUCUUUGGUUUAUCAGAAAUCUGAAUGAUCCUGAAUUCAAUCCAAUUCAAGAGGUACGCUUAGUUUGAUACUUUACAUAAUUGAGUACCUUAAGUUUGUAUACGAGUCAAUGAGGUUGCUAAUUGUAGAUGAUUGAUCAACCUGCAAUCAAACAUUUCCGAAGACUGAUAGCAUCUACGAGUCUUUUCUUGUCUAUCAUCUUCCUCAUCGUUUAUGCUCCUUUAAGAGUUGUGAAGCUCAUCGUGCCAUCAAUUCUACCGUACUCAUUUAGAUCUUCUGACGCCCCUCUCAGCGAGUUUUCAAUGGAAUUAUUGUUGCUCCAGGUAUGCUAAUCAUUGUUGUCAAUGAUUAUACAUGUUUUGAAAGUUCAGUAACAUGCGCAAUAGCAUUUAAUUAAUAUGACUUGAAUUUAGGUAGUAUUGCCAACAAUCUUGGAGAACGCCAAGGCAUACAACGUUCUGAAGUUCAUCGUGAGAUUCUGGUGCGAGACAGUAGGGAGAAUGUUGAAGUUGGACAAUUAUUUAUUGCCAAACGACGAUACAGAAGACCAGGGAAACCAGAAUCGACCGGCUAACAAUGACAGAAGGGAAGGGAACAAUCCCCAAGAUCUGGCAGCACGUCAUCACGCCAUGCUCAUGAUCAGAGAGCCAGUUAACAUCCAGACUUACGAACGGCCUGACAACUUCCAGCUCAGGCUGACUGCACUGAUUGGUUGCCUCGCCUUGACGCUGGUUCUGUUCGCUUCUCUUUGUUUUGUCGUUCCAGGUAAAUCAUUUUCAAAUUCUUUCUUAAAUUUAACUUAAUAACUCUAGCUAUUUGUAUUGAUUUCAGUGUCCAUUGGUCGACUAUUACUAGGUUUGGUUGGACUUGGUCGUUCGAUUCACGAAACCUACACUGUUGGCUGUGGCAUCUACGCGUGUUGGCUUCUGGUGAAAGGAUGCUUAAUAUGGAGAGACUGGUUCCAGAAGGGAUGGACUUACAUGAAGUCGGCUAGUCGUACCACCGUGUUUCUAGCCUUGAAGUUGCUGGCGGCUUCUGUACCUAUGGUUGGCAUCGUGCCGUACUUAAUGGGGCUGUACUUCCAAUUGUUGGUGAUCAGUCCGUUCAGAGCCAGCAUAGGCCAAACCCCAUUAUUCUUCCCGUGGAAGGAGUGGGCCAUGGGUAUUAUCCACCUCAAGAUUGUGUGCACAUUGAUCAUGAUGGGGCCGGAUAGUAGAAUCAAGACGGCAUUUGAACAGGUAAGUAUCUUGUUUAUGGACGGCUACUUGUGUGUGUUACUUUGCUUGGAUUAUAUUUUGUAUUUUACUGAUUAUUUUAGGUAGGAAACGGCGGACUCCGUAACUUCAGCCUAAAGGUUCUGUGCAUGGAUAUUGCGCUACCUAUGAUCAACAUGCUCUCCUUCUUGAUCGCUGCUCCAUACGUGUUUUCUCACGUUUUAAUUGCAAUAGGCCGUAAGUAAUAAUUCUUCAUUCUUGUAGUCUAAUCGUCGUUUAUUCUUAUGAAAAAGUUAUUUUAGGGUUGUCAGCGGAAGAAGAGGUGUUGCUGAUCAGAAUGUCCUACCCAGCUUUCUUAGCCUUGCUCAUCUUCGUAUCGUAUCUCAGAUGGCAAUGGGGAAAACUGAAGGUAAUCUGUCAGAAGAUCCGAAACGACAAGUACCUAAUCGGAACCAAGUUGGUCAACUUCUACAGGGACAGCUGA